AUGACUUUACAACGGGCCAGACUCAUAUUUGAUGGUCGAUGGGAUGAGAAUUCUCAGUAUCAUGAUUUUCGAGAUUGUGAGAUUGGUUAUGCCAAUUCGAAUCUUGUUUGUAUUGUCGAAGAUAAAGAUAUUUUGUGGUUGAUUUAUGAUAAAGCUUGGAAAGGUUGUGAGAUUGCCCUCAAUUCCCUCAGGGGGACUCUUGAGUCCUCAUACGCCGGUUUGUCACCAUUUUUAGCUGCGUUGAUUGAAAAUAAUCCUGUAACGUGUACAACACAAGAAUCUGAUGAUGAAGGUAGGAUUAAGUAUUACUUUAUGGCCCUUGCUGCUUCCAUAGAAUCUAAGAAUAAAGUUUUUGGGAUAUUAUUGUCUGCUUGCACAUUUGAUGGCAAUUCACAUAUUGUACCUCUUGUAUUUGUCAUUGUCGAUUAUGAGAAUGAUGCAUCAUGGUCUUGGUUUUUUCGUAAUCUUAAAGUUGUUUUUGGGGAUUCUAACGACCAUGUUGUUGUGUCUGAUGAUCAUAAAAGUAUAGCCAAGAGUGUUAGUUCUGUUUAUGAUUUUGCUGAACACGAGUUGUGUGCAUUUCAUUUGUAUAAAAACCUUGUUAAGAUCCAUAAGUCACGUUCAAUUGAAGAUACUUUCCAUAUGUGUGUAAGAGCAUAUACAAUUGGUGAAUUUGAGUAUUACAUAAGGAAGUUGGAUGAGGUUGCUUCGUCCAUUAGGCUUGAAUUAGAGGAAGUUGGCAAAUCCAAAUGGGCUAGGGCAUUUUGUCGGAGGAAAAGAUAUUCCUUAAUGACAACCAAUAUAUCUGAAUGCAUGAAUUCAGCUUUAAAGGAAGCACUCGAAUUACCCGUUAUUGGUCUCCUUGAAUCUAUCCAUAGUUUGGUUCAAAAAUGGUUUUACAAACGUCGUAGUCAUUGGAGUUUCUAG